UUCGCGGGUGUUCGAUUCAUAAUGUAGCGGAAUUUAAACGUAUAAUAAAUUCUGUAGGUCUAAACAGCAGACAUUCACACAAGUUUGUGAAGAAUCAAAAGUUUACACUAAUUUUUGGAAUCAGUUUGUCGUGCCUCUCGACCAUCCUGUAUGUAAAUAGGAGCGAAGUCUUGAGCGUAAAUUAAUGACGGACUGAGAGUCUUAUCGCUAGCAGACGGUGUUUGUAUGCUUUUAUCGUCACGUCGAACAAACCCCAAAACGAUCAUAACGAGCUUUAUUUGACAUUCAUAUUUUGAGUUCGUCUGGGUCAAUAAACCGGAAACAGUCGCUGUCGAAUCAACAUGCGUCUCAUUAUCCUGGACACUGCCAGCUAUGUCGGCGAGUGGUCGGCCAAGUACGUGAUGAAACGUAUCAAUGACUUCAAACCCGGCCCGGACAAAUAUUUUACGCUGGGCCUACCGACUGGCUCCACGCCGCUUGGCCUCUAUCGGAAUCUUAUCAAGUUCCACCAAGAGGGCAAAAUUUCCUUCAAAUACGUGAAAACCUUCAAUAUGGACGAAUACGUUGAUCUGCCGCGGGAUCACCCGGAAAGCUAUCACUACUUCAUGUGGCACAACUUCUUCAAACACAUUGACAUCGACCCGGUGAAUGUUCACAUCCUGGACGGGAAUGCACCGGACCUGGUGGCGGAGUGCAAUGCCUUCGAGGAUAAAAUCAAGGCAGCCGGCGGGAUUGAGUUGUUUAUCGGUGGAAUCGGACCGGACGGACAUAUCGCCUUCAACGAGCCCGGUUCGUCGUUGGUUUCGAGGACCCGAGUUAAAACGCUCGCUCAGGAUACGCUGGAGGCGAAUGCGCGCUUCUUCGGAAACGACAUCAACAAGGUGCCGAAGCAGGCGCUUACCGUGGGGGUGGGGACUGUGAUGGACGCGAGGGAGGUAAUGAUUCUAAUUAUUGGCGCCCACAAGGCAUUCGCACUGUACAAAGCCAUCGAGGAGGGAGUGAACCAUAUGUGGACCGUCAGUGCCUUCCAGCAGCAUCCCCACACGAUAAUGAUAUGCGACGAGGACGCCACGCUGGAGCUGCGGGUUAAGACAGUGAAAUAUUUCAAGGCCCUCAGCACCGUCCAUCACAAGCUGAUCGAAGAGGACGUUAAGGACGUGAGGCAGCUGAAGUAAGGCGAAGGCAACCGAUAAAUCCCGGGCAGACACCUUCGCCACACCCCCAAACAAACACAAGAAACACGAAGCUUUGACUUCUUAUUAGAUAUUUGUAAAACGACAACUACUCUUUCUAUUAUCAACCAUCCAUCAUCACCAGUUCGAUUAGAAGUAACAGUUUUUGUUGGUAUUCGGAUUACUGUGAGAACACGUGUAUCACCUGGGUAAUUUCCAUCACAUGCUUAACGUCAAACGAGCCAACAUCAAACGGAUUGUUACGUUCUGGCUUCCGCUAGUGGCGAUCUUGACGCCGCCACCCGACCCAACUGAUGUGAGAAUCUGCGAGAAGAGCGAGAAGGAGGACCCGUCAGCUGGAGAAGAUUGACCUCUACCACUUCCACCUGUUUCCAUUUUUGCACACCCAACCGUCCGGUCCCAUCCCUGUAUGUCCGUUUGUCAGCAGUUUGUGGAUGUGCCAGAUGAAAAUUUACUGCCGCCCCCCGAUUUCCCACUAAUCACACUACAGUAUUAAUUAAUAAGUGUCCAACCGUGCGUUGGAAUGAUCGUUUCUUUCACCCACACAGACCCUGUACGAUGUUCACUCGAAGCUGAUUGAGGGCACGUAAGACGAUGAUUUGCUGGCUGGCUGGUGGAAGGCUUGCCAAAAAUCUAACUUCCCACGUGUGCGCGUUUGUUUUUUUUUAUUUGUCAGUCAUUGCAAUCCAAAGGGCGUAAGUAAUGUAUUUUGUUUGUUUCAAGUGUUCCUAGCAAAACGCAACAAAGAACAGAGAAAAAUCUUCAGAUGAUGUGGUAAUACAAAUUUAUAUAUUUUUAUAAA